AUGUUCGAGCGCUCCAAGGCAGCCGGGAAAGCUGGAUACUAUCAGUGGGGUUUGGAUGUUGGGUGUCAUCAAGACGAUUGGAAUCCAUAUGAAGGCUUAGAAGAAAUGGAUGCCCGCGACUGGUCUUUCGAUGAUGCGGAUGAACUAAUCAAGGUA